AUGAUAACUCAAGUGUCAUAAGUAUGAGCAAACAUCCGGUGCAACACUCUAGAAUCAAGCAUAUUGAGAUCAAAUAUCAUUUCCUUCGAUAUUUAUUUUAAGGGGAUUGUUUCUAUUUCUAAUAUUCCUAUGAUAUUUUAAGUAAACCUCUAGGUUGUUAUCAUUUGCUUUUAUUCUCUGAGAAGUAGGAAUGAUUUACGGUACUACUCUUCUCUCCACAAAACCUUUAUUCCAAAAUAGGGGUUCCAUAGAGAGAGUUUUUGUCCAGUUUUUUCUCUCCACGAAUACCUUCUACUUGUUUUUUCUCUUCUUAUCUCCUAAGCAUCACCACUUUCGUUUCCCUUUCAUCUACUUCUUUCUUUGACAAUGUUUGGCUCAGAUGUUAUUCUUACUUAUUCCAAUAAUGACAGUAAUUCAGUCAUCAUUCAAGGUUAUUACCACUCCUUCUCCAACAUGCUUCCCAUUAUCAGUGAGUAUGGGCUUCCUCCCUUAUCAUCCUUUCUAGAUGAGGUUUCCUUUCUCAUCGCUAAUCUUGGUUGGGAAGGACUCUUCAUCCUCCGAGUACCUCAUUCUUCAGCCUUUUGUCCCCUGGGUUUUCGGUAGUUCUACCAUAAUCUUCUCCGACGAGGUCCGGUUCCUCUUGUCCCUCUCGACCCACGUUACAUUUCUAGGGUGCCAUGUCACUUUCAAACUCCAACGACUUGUUACCAUCUCAAUCUUCCAUCUCUGGGCCUUACUCUGCGGUUCUUACUUCCAUGCACUGCUCAUCUCUUCACCAUUGAACACAUUGAUCUCUUCAAUCUGGUCAAUGUUGUUUGAGGAAGAAAGGUUAAUGUUGCCUCACUAAUAUGUCUCCACAUGACCAAGUUUGCUCCACGCGAGGGCUUAUGGGACACUACUCUUGCAUAUGCCACCUUUAUCACCCAAUUUCGUACCACUAUUGGGUGCGAUAUCAAUAUAUACUAUGUUGUGCU